AUGGAUGAAGAAAAUGAGGAAGAAAAUACUUCGUCACAAUACAGAAGUCCUGCGUACUCAAAAGAUGAAGUUCAGGCAUUGGUGAAGCAGGUCGAGCUUUAUAAACAUAUUAUACUAAAUAAAUGCACUAAUACCACAACCAAUCAUGCAAAAGAGGUAGCUUGGCUCAAAAUAUCGAAAGAUUUUAAUAAACAAGGUUUCAGAAAUCUUAGAAGUGUUGACAGUUUGAAAAUUAAGUGGGAUAAUCUUAAAAAGGAAGCUCGGAAACUGUCGAAGAACAUACUUGAUGUUAGGCACAUUGAAUUUGAUGAUGUUCUUAGCCGUAUAGUGGUAAUGAUGAGUGAAACAGAAGAAAAUUCAAAUAACACAACCGAUGGGAUACUUCAACAUAUCAACGAAGCGGAUGAAGAAAAUCAACAAAAGAUCUGGGAAGAAAACUAUGAUAACUCUGAAGGUGACGAUUUAAUCGAUGGCGAUGAAUGUGAAAGAAUGGCUAAAUGUGUUGGCUUCAAGGGUUUUAAAGAUCACGAGCAUAAGAAACUAAAUGACCAUAAGGUAAUCAAGACUGAACCUGAAUUUCAAUAUAAAGAUGAUCCUGUUGACGAAGAGAGCAAUGAUAUGGAAAAUACAAGUGAAAAAGUCAAUGAAGAUUUAACAGAUCCACUCAGUUUAGUACUUAACGGUGAUUCAGGGAUGGAUUCUUCAAGUUAUUUUGGUUCCUGCACUACAGAUAAUAAAGAGAUUGUGAAAUUAAACCUAGAACUACUCAAUUACCAGCUGGAAAAUGCAAGAUUGGAGAGACACAGAAUAGAACAAGCUACAGCAGCAGAGGCUUCAGAACAGCAAACAAAGAAGAUAGAAGGCUCCCUUCGUCUCCGAGCAGCAAGACUUGCUGCUGUGGCCGAGGAACUCAAACUACCAACAAACCAUCCCGCACUUGAAUACACAGCAGAGGAAUUACAUGCACAGCAAUACAUGCAACAGUUUCAAUAA